AUGCCACUUUAUCAGGGAAUUUCCAUGUUGCAGUUGAACGAACGUAUGCGAGCGGCGGAAGAAGUAGUGGCACGUCGAGCCGCUCGUUUAAAUGGUGGAGUUGAUGCGCUUCUAGCAACCGUGGUGGAUCGUGCCGCGGCUUCAUCGGGGGCUAGCAGCAGCAGUAGCAGCGACAGCAACUGUGGCAAUGAAGUAACGGCUUGCCAAAAUAUUGCCCCGAGUACCUCACUCUAUCCAGAUCUUGAGCGACAACAAGCAGCUGUAAAAAAUCGCUACGCAGAGGCGAUCGUACAGUCUUAUUUCGAUGAACUCGCUGUAAGUUUCAUUUUCAUUUUUCCCCGAAAAUUGAAACAUCGCUCUCACGGAGAUGAAAUAAUCAACUGUGUCUACAUUUUAGAAUACUUGGAUCAGCUGUAG